AAAUAUAUACGCACGAUGAGACAGCUUGUGUGUAUCCUGAUCUUGACGAUUCUUGGAGUCCAUGCGGAGGAACCGGAAAAACUGGUAAGCGGAGUACCCACCUCCAUCGAGCAAUACCCUCACGCUGUUUCCAUUAGGAUCAACAACAAUCACUUCUGCGGCGGUAGCAUAAUUAGUAACUAUUUCAUCGUCACUGCUGGACAUUGCGUAGCGCCUUUACUCCAAAAUGCCAAUCUAAGAGGAGGCUUAACCGUUGUAACUGGCACAACUUACCUCAGUUCCGGCGGAGAGGCUCACAAAGUGGCAAGAAUGUGGUACCACGAAAACUACAAUCCAAACACUCCGGGAAGAGAUGCCGGUUUUGAUAUCGGUUUGCUUAAGCUCGCCGCGCCCAUUACCUUCAACUCCAGACAAAGAGCAAUCAGGCUUCCAACGUCAGAUGUGGUGAGCAAUGAAGGUGUUACGGUCGUAGCUUGGGGCUCUACAGGUUUCAGGCGACCCGUACACGAUAAUUUGCAAAAAUUGGACGCGAGAUGCAUGCUCUGGGCCGAGUGUCAGAGAUAUCAUCAGAAUUUCAUGCGCAUUCACCCGAACGAAUUCUGUACCCUCAUCGCCACCGGAAUUGGCACUUGCAAUGGUGACAGCGGUAGCGGAGUUGUCCGCUACAGCGACAAAACGAUUAUGGGUGUGGUCUCCGGUGGAAAACCAUGCGCAUUAGGUGACCCAGAUGUAUACACCAACGUUGCGAAAUUUGUCCCUUGGAUCAAUCAGAAGAUGUCAUCCUAUUAAUAAUAAUCCUCUUCAUGUAUUGUCAUUUCCUUAAUAUUUAAUAAAAAUUAUUCAGCAAAUACAUUAACUACAGCUUUUUCGUCAAACAUUUACGUACAGUUCAAUAAAGUUUAAAGGAAAAUAUUUCACGUAAAUUUUCAAUUAAAUACGUUAUAUAUUUAUGAGUAUAUUCUGAAGUUAUUUCUGCGUACAAAAUGACAUUGUCGAAAUCGAUUCG